AUGGCUACUGGGGGCGGCUUCGGCGGGUUCGCGACAUCCUCGACAACUCUUUCGUACAUUACCCCUCCACCAAACCUCUCCGACAUUCCCCAGGAUGUCAUUGUCCCCUUCAAGAAUCUGCUCAAAAAGGACAGCACCACUAAGUUGAAAGCGCUAGAGGAGAUUCUGGCCUACGCGCAGAGUCACCCCUAUGAAAAUGGAGGAGUUGAAGAGCCGGUGCUAGAAGCUUGGACUACGCUUUACGCCCGGCUAUCGAUAGACAACGCCCGCCGCGUCCGCGAACUCUCCCAUACCCUCCUCAUCGAGCUCCUGAAGUCUGCUAAGACCCGGAUGGAGAAACGUGUGUCUUCCAUUAUCGGCCCAUGGCUUGCUGGCACUUUUGAUAAAGACAAGGGUGUUGCCCGUAUAGCCACCGAGGGCCUGGCCUCGCUUCUUAAGACAGAAGAGAAGUUGAACCAGUUUUGGCGAAAAUUGCAGUCUCAAAUCCUAGACUUUGCUAUAGAGGCUAUUAGAGAGUCUCCCUCCACCCUCAGCGACUUGAGAUCUAGCACUCCAGAGGAUGCCAAUGGAAAGUACUUCCGAGUCGUUGGUUGUAGCUUGUCUCUUGUUCUCGCCCUCGUGAGAAAGGCGGAGCCAACCAAGCUUCAGGGGCUCCUGGGUCGCUAUUUCGAAGUCGACUCUAUUUGGAGUCUAGCCACUGCCGAGGAGCCGUUCGUACGCCGGACACUCUUCCAGCUCUUGCAAACAUGCGUUGAGACCAGUCCAGAGUCUAUAAAGUCCCGUCUUCCUCAGAUAGGGCGUGCUAUAUUUGUGGACGGUCUAAAAACUGCACAGUCUGGGUCUGCAACGGAUUUUGUUGCUGUCAUGGCCAGUUUGACGAAAACCUUUCCCCAGAUCUGGGGUACGAAGCAGGAACCCUUGUCACGGUUGCAGCGGCUUGUCGAAAAAGGCUCGCAGGGUGGCUCUGCGGCGUACUGGCAAGAGUUGGACAGGUUGUUGGCAGCCUUGGGGAAGAAGCCGAUAUCUCCUGCGAUGGUGAACUUUAUGAAGUCACUGAGAACCGGAAUCUCGGACCGGCUGGAGCCACGGGCAAAUGCCCCCUAUGGUUGGAGGGUCUAUCUCAAUAUGCUCCAGCGGGCUAUCGAUGACUCUGUUCCAAGUUCAGACUUCCUCAACGAAGCCGUCUUCCCACUAACGCGCCAGUUUUUGCAUCCGACCCCGGAGCUGUCCUCAUGGACCGCACCUUCGGACCCUCCUGUCUUUCCAUUAGUCUGGAGGAUCUUGGCUCGUCACUCCAACACGGCUGUCCGGGAGUCCGCCAAGGAAGAAUGGCAGAGGUUGUCUGCCUCCUUCUCUUCACGCAUUGCCAAUUCCGACGCUGAAGAUCUAAAGAGCUCCGAAAAGUCAAAGUUCGGGCUGGCCGAGGAAGGCGAUCGCUGGUUCAAGCUGGUAGCUAGUAUCGUGAAGGAAAACCGUCUUGACGAAGAUAAGCCCUUGCUGAGCACAAUUACUGCGUCAUCAAGCCAAAUCCUGAAGGAUGCUUCGGAUCUGCUAUCGAGGAGAGAUUAUCGGCAUACUGCUCUGGCUUCAAUUAUACAGUCCGCGUUCAAACACUGCCCCGCCACUUUUGCGGACGAAAGCCUCUUCUCUAGUCUCUUCCCUCUCGAUAACGCCACAAAGCUCAAAACCCUUGUCAACUCAGAAUCUUUCCGCCUACUUGCCCCAUGCCUCGAGGGGAUUGCCGAAACACACGAAGACCAAUUCCAGGUGAUAUGGAAUGCGCUCAUCGCGUCUUCAAUAAACCCCAGCGAUCCUCCCUCCUUGCCAGCAAUUUCAACUCUCAUAUCAACCCCUUCCGGCGCAGGGCUUGCUAUACAUGCUGAACCACUGCAAGCGUUUCUCAUCUCCAACUGGCUCCGUUGUGUGCAGAACCCGUCGUCUGACGCCUGGAAAGUCUCGGAAGCCAGCCUUGAGCACGGUGCUGUCGGUAGCGGUACACUGGAGUCGAUAGCUUCAAGCCUUGUUGAGCGACUUAACGUGCCAACGAUGUCUGGUCCAGCACUUGAAGCUCUGGAGAUGAUCAUCCGCAAAGAAGGCGCUGUAUUCUCGAAGGAUCAACAACUUCACAUUGAUCUUAUUACGCGUCUAUUAGCUUUGACAGAGAUUUCAAAUCCAAGUGUUGUCAAUAAGGUACGAGUUGUGCGGGCGCUUUUAGACAAUCACAGGCCUGCUGAGCGCCACCCACUGAUCGCCAUCAACGAAAAGAACUUGGAUGACGUUGGGCCAUCAUCCUUGGGGCUAGAUGUGUUGGUUCAACAAGCUGUUGGGGUUCUCGAAGCCGGGAACCUGCCAGAGGAGGACCUCUUUCCCAACGUGAACGUGUGGAUGGCCGAGAUGCGCCAGUUUCUCCGUGAUACACCGAACCCCUCCCUCUCACUUACUAGCACUUUGGGCGGGGCAUACUUUCUAGUGAAGAAACUCUCCAGUCCUCCCCUGGCGGAUGGAGGCCAGCUUGACGACACGGAAAGUCCACCAAAGCGAGACGGACAAGGCCGGUCAAUUCCUGCAAGGAUGGCCGUCUUCACAUCUAAAUUGCUCUCUCAUGGGGUGAAACUAGCAUCUCUACCCGAUAACUUCCAGGUGGAGCUGCUGUACCUGCUCUGUCUUACAAAAGCACUUGCAGCCGACCAGUUGACAGUAAUGCAGCCCGAACUGCUCUGGAGGCUGGACCAAGGCGAAGAAGGGUCAGCCGAGGUUGAGGAGUUUGUUGCACUCGUCGACAAGAUCAUGAAUGAUGUUGUCGCAGACGCGAGUGAUUGGAGACAAUUCCGCUCCACCGACAAUACUCUAGUCGGACGUCUCAUCGGACUCUUGCUCAGAAGUGCCGGCAAUCCAAGCCCUGCUGCAUUUUAUAGCGCCAAGGUCCUCGGUUAUCUUUUUCAGUUGUUGACUGAGGCACAUGGCCCUCCACUGCAUUUGGAGGCUUGGUUCGGCGAGCUGGGCGUCAUGAAGGCAACUCCGAGUACGAUUUUCGUGGCAGCAGCAUUUCUCACCGGAUUCGGGGAAGCUCUUACCUCUUCGACUACAGUCAGUUCUCUUUGCAAUCGGCUUGUCAGCGAAGUGAUGUCCUCUUCCCCCUCGUCCCCGAAGACCCUGUUUUCGGCCGUUCUCAUGAACUCCUGCCUUUCUGUCUACCAGGGUGGCCAGAUUCCGGUCGAGAACCGCAAACUCGUCUUUGUUCUUAAGCAAAUGACUUCUUGGACAAGCACACCGGCCGAGGUGAGCAACCAACUAGCUGCCGAAACGUGUAAAGCGAUCCAGCAGAUCCACCCCCAUGUCAAAGACGUGUAUGGGCCGUACUGGGAACAAACUGUCGACUACUGCAUAUGGCUUUGGAAUAAGGCCGCCAAAGAUCGAAUCGACAUCCGACUGCCGUAUCUCCAUUCCUCCCUCAAGUUGAUGUCCACGCUUGAGCUCUCCUGUGCCGCGGGAGAGGCGAACGAAGAUCUGGCAGAAGUCCUUGAGCAACGCUCAUGGGCCAAAUCGAAGGCCCUGAUAGGGUUGCUAAAGACGCCCCGCAAUACCAACACCCAGCCUUGCCAAAUUGUGGAUGCCAUUCUGUGUCGGGCCGUGGAGAAUAUUCCACUCAAAAACGUCGACGAUCUCUCGGCUCUUUAUGAACAGGUGGCUUCGGGGUCACGAGCUAUCCAACAAGCAGCGUUUGGCUUGCUUCACCGAGCACUACCUGCAGCGCAGGAGGAGAUUUCUGUUGAUGUGCUCUUGGAGGACAAAGUCGCACGUCUUCCUGAUGAGCUGCUGUCACUGCUCUUGGAACCCCCGACCCUCGAGGCUUAUCCGUAUGAACUCGUGGCACAGUUCCCGGGCCCUGUUCGCACAUACUUGCUCUCUUGGCAUCUCAUUUUUGAUGCUUGUAGCAAGGCUUCGUACAAAGUCCGCGGCGACUAUGCCGAAUUGCUCAAAGAGCAGUCGCAUUUCAGCCCUUUCAUGACCUUCAUGUUUGACGUCCUUGGCCACUCGGCUGCAGACGCAAUCAACUUGGAAAAGGAAGGUUUCACUGUGGAUCACAUCCGCUCGUACAGCCUCAAGCUGGCCGAAGCGGAGCCCGAGGAGCGCAAUCUGCAUUGGCUGCUGAUACAUCUUUUUUACCUGACCCUCAAACAUCUCCCGGGCCUGUUUAAAACCUGGUAUUAUCUCGUUUGCUCGUCUAAACAGACCAAAAUUGCCAUCGACUCGUGGAUACCCAAGUACUUGUCGCCAAUUAUCAUGUCCGAGGCGCUGGAUGAUGUGGUUGAAUGGGCAGAAAACCAGCCAGAGCCUGGAGACGACGAGAAGGAGCUUGUCGUGCAGGUCAGCAAAACUUCGCGGCAGAUCACGGCAGGUUACGAGAUUGAUGACGAGAUCGCCUCCAUUUUCAUCCGCAUCCCGUCGGAAUACCCCCUCGGAGUGGUGGAGGUCGGAAGCGUCAGCAGAGUGGCGAUCGCUGUGGAUGACAGGAAGUGGAAAGCCUGGAUAAAGGCUACCGAGGGGCAAAUAAUGUUUUCGGCAAGUAUGAGCUUCACCGAGGGCCUGACCGUCUUCCGACAGAACGUGAGGGCGGCGAUGAAGGGGCAUACCGAGUGUGCCAUUUGCUACUCGAUCGUGUCGUCGGACAAGAAGCUUCCCGACAAGGAGUGCGAGACGUGCAAGCACUGCUUCCAUCGCGUCUGCUUGUACAAGUGGUUUUCGACCAGCGAGCGGAACACGUGCCCUCUUUGCCGUAACCCGAUUGACUACCUCGGGCCGGGCAAAUUCAGGCGAAACUAACCGAGUCAAAAAUAGGGUGGAAAGUGUAGAGUUACACAGUGAUUGAAUUGAUACAAUUAGCGGAAAUUGGCAUCCAACUUGGCGUUGAGAUGAAGGGUCUUGCUUUAGUUUUUUCGUUCAUGUUGAUGGCGUGUGUUGGAAUUAUGGAGAAAGUCGCGUAUUCCGCCGUCGUCGGGGCAAGGGAAACGCCACGUAAUUCCAUAAUUAUUACUUGGGCGUGUGCAAAAUCCUGCCUCGUGGAGGGGAGCAUAUAUCUUUAUUUCUUCUCAUGUUUUCGCCCAGGCCUGCUGAUCUCUAACCACGCCGCUAGGGUCUCAUGUCCCAAACGAGACAAGCACCUUGCCGUUUUGGACUUCGGUAUACGGGGCGAUGAUGGCCCGCUCGGGGCUAGCAGCGCAGGCCCGGUGCGGUAGGACAAGACAAGCAUAUAGCAGUGUAUACAGCCCUCCCGUAAAAGACGUCGGCUG